AUUUUACGAUUAACAAAAACAAAUAAAGAAGCAAAACUUUAAAGGAAAAAUUAACACGUUUUUAUUAAAUUAUCCUUAAAAAACUUGAAAGUUUCCAGUCGAAAAUAAACAAAUUUUAUACGAAGCUAAUAUAUAAAAAAAUGUGCAUUUUUUAUUCUUAAAAAAGAAAACAAUAUUCAGAAAAUUAUACAAACUUUUCUAGAAUUAAUAUUUUCAUCACAAGAAAACACCAUGUAUGCAGCCGUCAAGCCAUUGUCCAAAUAUUUGCAAUUUAAAUCAGUGCAUAUUUACGAUAUUAUCUUCACUCUCCAUUCCAAAUGCACUGUGGUUAUACUGCUGACAUGUUCGUUCCUUCUGUCGGCCAAACAAUAUUUUGGCGAUCCCAUUAUGUGCAUAAGUGAUGAAUCGAAUGUUGAAUAUGUCAAUUCCUACUGCUGGACACUGGGAACGUAUAUUCUUAACUAUUACGAUUUGCAAAUGCAAAUAGAUACAGUGAAAAAUAUGACAAGUAGUUCGAAAAGUUCUAUAAGGGAUCGUGGUAAUGCGAUAUCAGAAGGUGUUGGACCAGAAGAAAUCGGUAAAACUGAACGUGUUUAUUUGCGUUAUUACCAAUGGAUUAUAUUAGUUUUACUUUUACAAGCCUUAGUAUUCUAUUUUCCCUCGUUUUUGUGGAAAGUAUGGGAGGGUCAACGUUUAAAACAACUGUGUUCGGAAGUUGGUAAUCCCCUGGUACCGGAAGACACCUAUAUAUCGAGAAGUAAAUUAUUGGUUAAAUAUUUCACCUCCGAUUACAGGGAUAUACAUUUUUGUUAUAAUGCACGUUAUUUAUUCUGUGAAACUUUAAAUUUCCUCAUUAGUGUGUUGAAUAUCCUAAUGUUGGAAGUAUUUCUCAAUGGCUUCUGGUCAAAGUAUGUAAAAGCUAUAGCCGCUAUACCUAGUUAUGAUUGGACUACAUGGAAUGUUUUAACUUCACGUGUCUUUCCAAAAAUUGCCAAGUGUCAUAUGACAAAGUAUGGCUUUUCUGGUUCCACCACUUCAUUGGAUAUACUGUGCAUAUUGCCGUUGAACAUUUUGAAUGAGAAACUGUUUGCUUUUCUUUGGAUCUGGUUUUUAGCUAUUUGUAUAUUGGCUGGUUUAAACUUAAUAUAUCGUGGUAUGCUAAUUUUCAAUGAACCCUUUCGUUUGCAUUUAUUAUACACCAAAUUGCGCAUUAUGCCCAAAUCACAUGUUCGCAGUGUCAUAGAGGAUAUGAGUUAUGGUGAUUGGUUUGUUCUAUUCAAGGUCAGUUCGAAUAUAAAUCCCGUAUUAUUUCGUGAUCUAAUGAAAGAACUUUAUGAAAAUCGUAAUCAUAAAAAAUCGUUAGGUUUUAAUGUGUGAUUUAAAAAAAAAAAAAACUUUUUUGU